AUGGUUGUUACGCAUUCGCAGACCCAUGGUAAUGCGUGUCUUAUUCGGUGUGAUGGGUGUCUUAUGAAUAUAUCUUCCAUGAUGUGGAUACAGUGUGUGCCCUGCUGCAUUGACAUAUGCCCGCUGUGUGCAAUCCAAAGAACACAAAUACGCACGCACGAGUACACGCAUAAAUACCGCGUAAUAAAGAGUCUUUUAUUUGAGGCAGACACGCCUGGGUGGCAGAUGAUAGAAGAGCUACUCUUUGUGGAUGGUUUAAUUGUGCAUGGAGUUGGGAAUUGGGAUGACAUUGCAGCGUACGUCGGAAGAAAGACCCCGCAGGAAGUAAAAGAACACUUUGUAGAUAUAUUUAAACAAACAAACUCAGAAGACUUGGAGGGUGAGCCAGUUCAGAACGUGCAAAGUCUUCCACUCUCCCAGGAAAUAUCUGGAUACAUGCCCCUGCGACAGGACUUUGAGGUGGAGUAUGCGAAUGAUGCAGAGGUUGUUAUAAAAGAAGUCUCCUUCUAUAAGACAGACACGCCCUUGGAGAGAGAAACAAAAGAAGUUCUUCUUGAGUCAUACAGAAAUGUGCUCAUGCAGAGAAAGCUUUUCAGGCACCUGAUCUUCAACAAAGGCCUUCUUUCAGCCAAGCAACACUCGCUUGGAGAGAGAUCUCUCUGUCCAGAGGGAAGAGACCUUCUUACUAAGAUGAAGCCUUUGCUGAAAAUGCUUACAACAAAGGAAUAUCUGGACCUGUUCCAGGGAAUGUAUUUGGAGCUGCAGAUGCGAAAGAAAAUAGCAGAAAUAUACCAGGACGACAACACAAAGAAAGGAGAUUUAUUUGACAAGGAGACAACCUCUCUCUCAGAUGAAGUAGCCAUGCAAUUCCUUUCAGAGAGAGAACAGUCCUUCUGCAGCAUGAUUUCCAUUCCCUUCACUCUCUACUACUCCCUGAAGGAGGCUGCCAUACUGUAUAAAACUGUGACAAAACUGGAAAAGAAACACAUUUUAAAGUGGUUCCAGGGGCUGACAGAACAAAAGCUCUCUCAAAUAUUAAACUACUUCAUACAAAAUAAAUGGAUUGAGAGCCCUUCUGGAAAGAUGCAUGCGUACACGCAUGGAUAG